AUGCCCCUGUGCGGAGGAUCUAAGACGGUCCAGCGCAAGCUGGUUCUCCUUGGUGACGGUGCCUGUGGCAAGACGUCGCUGUUGAACGUCUUUACUCGAGGCUACUUCCCGACUGUCUACGAGCCCACCGUCUUCGAGAACUAUGUCCACGACAUCUUCGUCGACAACGUCCACAUCGAGCUGUCCCUCUGGGAUACUGCCGGUCAGGAGGAGUUCGACCGUCUCCGCAGUCUGUCUUACGAUGACACCGACCUGAUCAUGCUAUGCUACAGCGUCGACAGCAAGGACUCCCUCGAGAACGUUGAGAGCAAGUGGGUUGGCGAGAUCGCCGACAACUGCCCUGGCGUCAAGCUCGUUCUCGUCGCCCUCAAGUGCGACCUGCGCGAGUCCGAUAACGAGGAGGAGGACGGUGCCACGGAGGGCCAGCAGCGCGAAAAGCGCCCCAUGAUCAACUACGAGCAGGGAUUGGAGGUUGCUCGCCGCAUCAACGCCCUUCGCUACCUCGAGUGCUCCGCCAUGCGCAACCGCGGCGUCAACGAGGCCUUCACCGAGGCUGCUCGCGUCGCCCUCAGCGUCAAGAAGGACCGCGAGGAGUCCAAGUGCGCCGUCAUGUAA